GUGGGACGAACGGACCAGCAGGCUAGCAGGUCAUCCAGAAAGCUUUCGUGCUCCUCCAUUUCUAGGCUAUAGCUAGCCUAGCUGGGGUUGGACGACCUUUCAGGCACACGCAUGCAAGUACCUGCAGUCGGUUCAUAAGAGGAGGAGGAGGCCAUAUGGACGACGAAGGAGCCAAGUAGAAAAGGCAGGCACCGCAACCAACGGUAAAGCUGGUGAUCGAGCAAGUUUUGUCAAGAGCGAGCUCAUGGAGGAUGGCAGCAGUGCUCCAAGACGGGCUACUCCCCCCACCCGCAGGAGCAGAUCUGCCGACUUCCACAACUUUUCAGAAAGGAGGAGAAGGGACAGGAUCAACGAGAAGCUGAGAGCGUUGCAGGAGCUUCUUCCAAACUGCACCAAGACCGACAAAGUUUCCAUGCUAGAUGAAGCGAUCGACUACCUAAAAUCCCUCCAGCUACAGCUUCAGAUGCUGGUCAUGGGGAAGGGGGGAGGAAUGGCACCGGUGGUUCCUCCUGAGCUGCAGCAGUACAUGCACUACAUCACGGCCGACCCCGCCCACCAGAUGAUGCCUCCGCCGCUGCGGCCCUCCGCCGGGCAGCUGCAGCCCGCCGCCGGCCGGCAGUUUCAGAUAACCCAAGCAGCAGCAGCAGCAGCCAACAACGACAACGACCCCCAGCGACGACGACAGUCCAACGUCGAGUCGGACUUCUUGAGCCAGAUGCAGAACCUGCACCCCUCCGAUCAGCCGCCUCAUCAUCACAACUUCCUCAGGCCGCCGAGAUUGCAGCUCUUUACGCCGGAACAGAGGGGCGGCGGCGGCGGCCUGCCUACCACGAGCCACAACGCCGGCUGGAUUUCCGGGAGGAGUUCCUCGUAUAAUUUUAUGGAGUGACGUGUGUGCUCCCUGAUGCUGCCAAAAUUAAUUUGAAACAACCGUUCUCAUCUUGAACUCAGAAGACGGCGUCAGCGCACUCUGGGACCUUCAGCUAGCGUGUGGUGGUGUCCAUGCAUGAAUGAAUGCAGUAGUAGUUAUAUAUAUAUUAGCAAGCUAGUUGUGUCAUUAAAUAAAGGAACGCUGUGUGACUGUGAUGCUGCUGCUGCUGCUCGUUUUGCUAUCUGAAUCGCACACCGUUCAAUUCCUCCGAUCCUCUGUGCGUGUCGAUCGUACGUGUUCGAUUCAUGCAAAGGCUAGUUGGCG